UGUGUACGGAAGCGCGUCUGUAGCAGCUGCACUGUGCAUGGUGAAACCUCUACUAUGUUCAAACACGUUUUUCUGACCGGACCUCCAGGUGUGGGAAAAACCACUCUGGUCCAAAAAGCCUGUGAAGCUUUAGUGUCAUCCGGAGUGGGACUGGAAGGAUUUUACACAGAAGAGGUCAGGGAGGGAGGCAGAAGGGUCGGCUUUGAUGUCGUCACACUUGCAGGAGAGAGGGGCCACCUGUCCAGAAUCAGAGAAGGAGCCGGCACAUCUCACGGCAGACGGGAGUACACUGUGGGACAGUAUGUGGUUGAUUUGCCUUCAUUUGAAAGCCUGGCCCUUCCCCUCUUCAGACAUGCGGGGGCAGCAGACGGGGACAGCAGGAAGGUGUUCAUCAUCGACGAGAUCGGCAAAAUGGAGCUUUUUAGUCAGGCCUUCAUCAGAGCGGUGAGGCAGACUUUAGACGGUUCAUCUUGCACAAUCCUGGGGACCAUCCCUGUCCCCAAAGGUAAACCACUCGGUCUGGUGGAGGAGGUCCGGAGCAGGAGGGAUGUCAAGGUCUUCACUGUGUCAAAGGAGAACAGAAACGCUCUUCUGCAGGAUAUUGUAUCAACCCUACAAGAGUGUUUAAAACACAGAAGCCAGAACCAGUGAAAGGACAUCUUCCUGCAGUUUGUGCUGACGUCAAUGUUCUCAUGUGUCUGUGCAUAUAUGCUUCACACAAGCCGGCUGUUAAGUAAGUCUGUUCAUGGUUAACAAUGGUGUUGUGACCUACUGUACUCUGCAGCAAGAUGAGAGGGUGGAAGAGUUGUUGUGCCACAUGCAUGUGUUUAAUGUAAAUAAUCAUUUGUUUUGUUUCUCUUAACAAAAUGGAUUACAUGCUUAAUAAUUGACUGUGAGAUGGAACACAACUGGGAAUAUAUUCAGUUAGUUUUCUGUUUGUUGCUUAUUCAGUUUUUUAUUCUCAAGUUUUCCAUGAUCACAGCCGAUGUUUUCUUUCAAUAAAGGAGCACACAAAGCGA